CCGCAGCGCCGACUCCUCUUGCACGGUGACCACUUCCUUCGACCACCACUACGACCUCAGCCACGACCUGAAUGGCCAGCAUUGGCAUCUGAAACUACUCCUCCAUUCUUGUGCUACGAAUUUUGCUGCUGAUUACGACCGUAAACGUUCUUGUCGACAUGAGCUCUGCAACGUUGAUCGCGAUGAGAGGGGACGCUGUUGAUCGGGAGUUUAGAAUGCAGCAGACAGUACACAAAGGCAAAGGCAUGCGAUCGGAUGAGUGUGAUGACAACGAUAUCUCUCAACCACUCAACAUGGUGUCUCAUGUGAGUGACGAUAUGCGUCUGAUUCAAAGCGUUGCGGAGCCUCAAGGGUACUCCCUCCUGUGCCACUGUUUUUCGAAGAUACGUGCAGAUGAUGAUGAUGAUGAAGUACUGGUGGCCAUGGAGGAGAAUUCUCAGGCACCUUCGAAUGCCAAGGCAAACACGGGUGUCGCAGCAACCUUCGCCCGAAUAUCUGGCGUCGCUUGGCAUCAAAGUGCGGGACUUUGCCUAUGAGAGUAAGCUCCCACCGAUCAUCCCCGUGCCGCGAAUACCGCGUCAAGUACAGCCUGAGCCAUUGCCGAAGAAACAAUAUCUGACCCAGUGGGAUCAGGGGGGCAGCCAAGAUCAGGGGAUAUCGUCUCAGUUUGCCAAGCCGCACUCGCAAAGGCUUGAACGCAAGGCUACCGAGCCUCUCGACAAAGAAUCGCUGCAGUAUGCGCAGGUCUUUGAGCAGACAUCGUUCAGAAGGACGCGCUCGCCGACCUGCCCAAUUACGCAGGUAUAUGCUCUACCGAGUCUACCCGUCACACCUCCUGGAAUGAGUUCCCCUACUUCUCCUCUUACUCCUCUUUCUCAAGAAGCCUCACAAGGAUUGAAGUUAGUACGAACACCGACUCCGAUGAAGUUCGUUACAAAUGACGUUGAGAUCGUAACGGCUUCACAAGCAGAAGACUCCCAGCCAGAUGCCGCUCCCUGUCCGCAGUCUAUACCACCAUCAGUGUCGUCUGUUUCUUUGACACGGACACAGCCCGUUUUACCACAUCCCUCCCUUUGUAUACCAGAGGAUCUGGCCGUGGAAGGCCAGCCAACCACUACGCCGAGCCGGCGCCGAAUGAGACCUGUAGUGAUUACCGGCAGCGAGGCACCGUCUGCUAACCGAUAUCAGUUACGUCGUCGUCCUUCGGCGCGUUCACGGCGCCCUCAGCCCUACCCUGUGACGUCGACUGCCACGACGAAGAAGAAUUCGAUGGGUGGGCAACACCCACGCCGUACACGGCACCCUGGGCCGGUGCGAUGACGCUUUAUUUUUCAAGGAUUGGUAUUUAUUAUUUUUAAUUGUGGAGAUUGUGGAGAGAUGGUGUAUCCCUAGCUACCACAUGUGUGUUGUUGGACACCUGAUUCAAUGCA